UCACAGGAAGGGCAGGUAUUCUUCCCAGGAAGGCGGAGGGGGCAGCGACGAGGCGGCGUGCAGAUGAACACGGGCCGAUGUCUUGUUGCGGAGCUGCAGCAGACGGCGUGGCGACUUGAUGUCUCUGGCGUUUUGGGUAACCAGUGCGCGGGGUUCCUUCCUCCGGUGCGCUUGGGCUUGAAGACCUUGAGGAGAGAAUCUUCCUCCCAGCAACUGCGGUGGCGGUCUGUCGACUGUCGCUGGUGCACGCGGCAAUCCUUGACAAACACACGGCCCUUGUGGCCGCGAUACGCGCACUGGAUCAGGAUGACCUGAGAACGCAUCCUGUGCCACCACGACACACACACACACACACACGGGUGUGCUGCAAUGCUUGAUCGUGUCGUGUGUCGUGUGUAGGGGUGUGGACCGUCGUCGUUUCCUUGAGGUCGUCAUCCUUGAGGGUGCCGCCGGGCCACCCACAGAUGGCGCACUGUGGGAUGAGGCGGGUCGUCUUCUCCGUCUCGCAGCGACGGCAGUACCACUUCGGCUUGUUGUCCCGCCUGGCUGCCUCAACGACCUCCCAUUGGGUAUUUGCCGGUUGAACUGGUGGAUUGAUGACACCACACAGAUACACACAGACAGACACACUCACAUAGAGGGAGAGACGGGCAAGAUGUCUGCCUGUCGAUGCGUUAGUUCCUGCCUCCCCUCCAUCCCUCCCUUCCGCCUUCACUCACCUGCGCAGCACUUCUUGUGAACAGUAACAGAACAUCUCUGGCAUUCCUUGAUUUCGUUCAGGCUGUCCCCUCCAGAACCAAAGCACACGCUGCACACAAGACACACACACACACACACCUGGAUGCACUCCCCCUUCAAUGAACCCACCCCCUCCCUCUCACCCACCUGCAGAAUUGUUGCUGCUCCUCCUCUUGCUUCUCCUUCUGAGCCUUGUUGACCUUCGUCUCGCCAGACCCACCGGCAGCAGGCUUGUUGUGCCCACAGACACCCGCACCACCACCGGCGGCAGCUGCUAGGGCUGAUGAUGACGCCGCGGCCGCACCGUCAUCAUGGUGGCCACUGGCCAUGUCCGCGUGUCUCCGCCACAACGUCAAUGAACGAGUUCUCUUCCCACCCACACACGGCUUCUUCAUUGCGUCAAGGUCCGAUUUCUGCGAAACUGGUGAUGACAUUCAUGACAUUCAUUUCUCGUGUCUUUGCGUGUGCAUUGCCUUCUCACUUCCAU